AUGUCUGAUUACGAAGAUUAUAAUUCUGAAAAAGCAGCAGAAUUAAAUAAAGCAAUUGAAUUUAAGCCAAUUAAAACAAAUCUAACUACUGCAAUUGAUUUAGGAUUUUGUACGGUUAACUAAACAACUUCAAGAUUGUUCUAUUUAGAAAAUCCUAAUAAUUAGCCUUGUGAAUUCAACUUUGAAUCAUAAGCAUUCGAGAUUACUCCUCUUUCAGGCCAUAUUCCUAGUAAAGGAAGAAUAUCAUUUAAUGUGAGCUAUACUCCAAAAGAAGCAACAGCAAUUAUUGGAAACAUUAUUUUAAAUUUACCCUAUUAAUAGCCAAUAAUUACAAAAGUUUCAGCUAUUGGCAAGUAUCCUUACAUAUCUCUUAGCACUUAAAAACUUAAUUUUGAGCAGCUGCUCAUUGGCAAAUAAUUAGUGAAAGAGAUAACUAUCAAAAAUCAAUCUUAAGUAACUGCUACUUUUAGUAUUGUAAAAAUUGUUGAUGAUGAGUACAAAGAUAAUGCAUUCUCUCUUGAUGUAAAUCAAGGAGAAAUACCUCCAAAGAGCAGCUUUUUAGUUAAAGUUACUUACACUCCUUUGGUAGUAGGUCUCAUAUCUGUUGUUCACUAUAAAGUUAUAUGUCCAGGUGGUAAUGAUUUAGUAUUUGCUUGCAGUGGUAAUGCAGUGGGGUUUGAUGUUCGCUUAAGCACUUAAAGUAUAAAUUUUGGGGAAGUGAAAAUUGGUAAUGAAACAAGCAGAUUGCUAACUAUACAAAAUAUGAGCGAUUUACCUACUUCAUUUUAAUUUACUAACGAUUCGAAUAAUAUUUUUGCUAUGAGUUAAGUGAGAGGCGUUGUAAAACCUAAAUCAAAUGCUAGAAUAAUUAUUUAUUUUAAACCAAGACAUACUAUAUGCUACUAUGAAAGAAUUUUUUGUGUAGUUAGAAAUCACUAAGUAUUUCCAGUUGAUUUGUUAGGUACUUGCUAUGAUCUCUUGAUUAAGCCAUUGCCUAUUGUAUAAAAACAUAUUGAAUCGUUUAGAAGAAGAGUUAUUUGGGGUAAAUUAUCUGAAAUUGAUUUCAAAUACAUGGAGAAUGCUUUUUUGCUCAAAUAUUCUUAAAACUAGAAUAAUUUAGAGAAAAAUACUUAAUUAAGUUCUUUGAAUAAAAAUGGAAUAGCUUUGUUAGGAAGCUAAAAGGCCUCUCAACUGCAGUCUCUUUAAUCAAAUAUGAAAAAAGAUAAUUCUAUUAUUUAAAAAGCAUCUUAAACCGCCAUAGGAUUUUCAAACAGAUAACAGAAUUCCAUACAACAAGAUCCAAAUUUAAUCUAAGAUGGAAUGAUGGCUGCUUCCUAUGUUAUAGAUGAUCCCAAUAAUGCAACUAACCCAAUCUUGAAUCCAAAUUAAGUUGUUUUACAUAAAGAAAUGUUUUUGCCUGCUAAUUCAGAUUGCAAAUUAAUUUAAUUAAACGAAGAUAUUAUUGAUUUUGGGUUCUAGGAGGGCAUGAUGGAAAGUGGUGCCAAAUAAAUUGAGCUAACUAAUAAAUUGUAAUGUAAGAUUACUGUUUUUUGGACAAUCCAAUAAAAAGAAAAUGUAAAUGGUGAUUUAUAUCCUGUAUUUAUGGUUAGACCUGAGACUGCUUCAAUGAAACCUAACACAACAAAAAUUUUUGAAGUUACCUUUAGGCCAGUCAAGAAUUCUUAGUAUUAUUUCUAAUAUUUGCAAUUCUUUGUAUUCAAAUACAGCAGUAAAAUAACAUAAAAAAUGAUUGAAGAUAUUCAAAAAAAUUAAUCUAAAACAUUUACUGGCUCAUUCAGAGAUAACCUUAAAUUGAGCAACACUCUUGUAACUAAGAAAACUAGUACAAUGGACUUAAUUGGAGAUGAAACGGUUCCUCCUUAUUCAGGGUCUCUACGUUGUGUUGGCCACUCAUUCGGGAUCAACUCAUAGCCCUUCAUCCCUAUCCUUGAAUUUUCACCCUCAAACAAAAUUUACUUUGCAGCUUGCUCUUUAGAAGACUCGCUUUACUAAACUGUUGAAAUAAAAAAUAAUUCUGAUACACCAACAUAUUUUAAAUUUUUACCUGACCCUUCCAAAACUUACAGAGUAUUUCCUAACGCUGGAAUGGUAGAAGGAAAGUCCUUCUUUAUAAUUACUGUUGAGUUCAGACCUACUGAAUAUAAGGCCUACAAUAACGUAUUGACUUGCAGCUUGAAUAAUAAUUCUUCUACUACACUUAAUCUCUACACUCAUGGUUACUGCUCGAAGCCUAAAUUACACCUCCAAAAUGAAGGCAAGGUCUAUUUCCCUCCAUCAUUCACAGGUGUCUAUUCAAGAUAAAAAGUAAAAGUUGAGAAUCUUUCAAGAGUUACUUUGGAAUAUGAAAUUAAAGUACCUGAAAAAUAUAGUGAAGAGCUUUAUUUGGAGCCUGUCAAUGGAAAAAUUCAACCAAAUGAACACAUUUUCCUUGACUGCUCUUUCAUUCCUUAUAAAAAGAAAAGCUAUAAAAUCAAGGUUCCAUUAUUUGUUAAAGAGAUCAUGGACUAUAGUCAGAAUUUGAUAGGAUAUCACUUACCAGGAAGUGGAGAUCCUGAUAAACCAAUGAAAAUGAGAGAUCCUAUGGAAGUUGCAUAUAAUUUUGAAAUAUUUGGAGCAGGUGGAGAUGGUUCUUUGAGCAUUACUCCUGAAUAGCUCUAGUUUGAUGUAGUAAAAGUUAAUUUUAGAGACAAGAAAUACGCUACUUUGCACAACUACUCAAAUGUGACAUUCUACAUUGAGUUGAAACUCCGCCCUGCAAGGAACGCAGACGAAAGUUAAGAUGUUGAUGACGUGGAGUAACAAGAAAAUUUAGAAAAAAAUUUUAGUUUAGAUUUUAAGUCAGGAAUUAUUGCUGCUAAUUCUAAGGUAGAUAUAGGUAUUAUUUUCAAUCCUACAAUUGUAGCAGAUUAUGACUUGAUAAUGGAUGUUAUAGCAUCAGAGAAGAAUCCUAAGGCAGAAGCUAAGGGAAGAUCAACUAGUGCAAACAGAAAAUUCAUAACAUAAAAAUGCUCAUUAAAAAUUUAAGCAAAAGGAAGCUACCCUCUUUUAAAAAUUGUAGAUGUUAGAAACGAUUCUAUUUCAGUUGCAACUUUAUGGGAAAACUUUUAAAUCAAUAAAAUUAACUCUGAACUACAAAGCGAGUUAAAUGAAGACGAAAAAUAAUAUCUUAACAUCGAAUAAUUAAACUUUAGUGAAGCUUAACAACUCUAAAAAAGAAUUAAAUAAUUUGAAUGGAAUUUCGGAUAUCUACCAGCUAAAAAUGCCAACAAACCCCGUAAAAUAGUUAUCACUAUCCAGAAUGCUGGAGGAACAGACCUAGAUUGGAACUUCAAAUUACCAUCUGACAACUAAAUUGAAGUAGAGCCUUGGGCAGAUCCCGGUGAGCCAGAUGAAGAAGAAGCUUUUGAAAAGGCUAUUUUGGAAAGGAAUAUUUUUUAGAUUUAACCAAGGAGCGGAACUUUGAAGAAGGGAGAGCUUAAAGAUGUUGAGUUGGUCUACAAUCCAAGCAAUAUUGAUGAAAAUGAUUUACCUUUCAAGAGCAAAAAGAAUAAAAAAGUAAGUGGAGAAAAACAUUAGUUAAGAGUAGUGCUGUAAAUUUUAAAUGGAAAACCUCUCCAAAUUAAUCUGUAAGGUAUGGCACUUGCUCCAUUAGAAGGUCUGCUUGCAGUAAAAAAGAAAAACUAUAAGUUACCAGAUACACCUAUAGGAUUGCUAAUUCCAGUCAAGUUUCCUAUUGAAGUCUUAAAUGUUGGCUCUAGCAAAAUUUCAUAUAAAGUUGAAAUUGUUGAAAAAGACGAAUACAACAAUCCUAUUGACUCUAAGUUUAAUAUAUUUGACAUUGAAAAAAAUCAAGACAAUUUACUUCCAAACGAAAAGUCAUAUUUAUACUGCUUAUUCAAGCCCUUAGAGUCUAAAACCUAUUAUCAUGAGUUAAAGAUCAUAGUUUAUGACUUCGUCAAAGUCAAUUAAGAGAUAUCACUCUUUAUUGAAGGAACUGGAUAUUCCAAAAAAUCUAAUUCUAAAUCAAACCUCAAAAAAGAAGAGAUUCCUCGCUAAAGGUCAUUUGUGUCCACAAUAGGUUCCAAGGUGUUCUUUUCCAUAGAAGAAAUAGAUUUUGGUGAGAUGAAACCAGGUAAAGCUGCUCAUCGUUGCAUUAUCCUCUACAACCUAAGCGAAACUCAAAAACUUAGUUAUGAUUUCGGAACAUCAAGUUUUGCUUUAUCAUCAAAUAAACCAGGACUAAUGUGCGGAGAUGAAUGCACUAUUGAGCCUAUGAAUGGGACAUUAGAACCUAAUUCCUUUAUUGAACUUAAAGUAACUUUAGUCAGCUCAUAUGAGCCUUCAGUCUAUGAAGGGGAAUUAGAGUGCACAAUAUAAUGGGAUGCAGGAGAUCAAAAAAAUAAAACAGUAUCUUAGUAAUCUCAAAAUAGCAAUUCAGGAGUUGAAAAGGAGACAUUAUUUUUAAGAGUGAAGAAGACCUCUGUUUUAGAUGUUGAACUAAUUAACAGCUUCAAGCACAAAUCUUCAAAGGAUACUAAUAAGCAGUUAUAAGCUAAGGACCUUUUCUAAGGAAAAAACAUAGCAUACAAGCAUGCUUUUGAAUUAAUUAUUGAAAAGGCUAUUAAUGAAAUAUUAAAUGAAACCUAUACUGAAAAUAUAAUCAGAAGAAUUGACAAUUAACCUGUUGCUUUAUAUGCUAGUUUCAACGGUGAAGAUCCUGCAGAUAUUUAAAAAAUAUAAAAAGGCUUAGAUAACGAAAGUAAGGGCAGAAAUGCAUUAAAUUCAGAGGAGUCAGAGUAAGUAGUUUAUGAUGGUUUCGUGGAUGAGGAAGAAGAGCCCUCUGCAGCUAAUGACUACAGAUUCUUAUUUUUAUAAGAUGAAUUUGUGGAUCUAGUAGAUCUUAUAAUGGAAAAUACUUUCUUCAAUGUCAUUUAAGAAACUACAAGAAAAGAGUGCGAUUUGCUAAGAGUAGCAAAAACUUUUGUAAUGCCAAUAGAUAAAUGA